UUGUAAAAAAGUCACGGAUAGAAAUCGUGUUCGCCGCGGAUGUCAAACCUCUGCGAUAUUUUGAUUCGUCCCGCUUUCAGACUGCGACAAACACGGGGUGCGCGGGAGGAAUUGCAGUUUUCCCUUCCGCCCAAAGUACAACCUGGGCAUGCUCUCCAAUGCCCAUUCGGUAAAAAUGCCUCCCAAACAAAACCAGGCUGGUUCUCAUGGUUCUGUCAAAGUAGCAUCAGAGAGAAAUCCCAAGCCAGUCCCGAAUCAGUUCUUUAUUCCCUUAAAUGUGGUCUUCUACGUUUGCCUUCUCUCAAAUACUCUUGCGGCCUCCCUUGCACCCAUACAGGACUGCGACGAAGUAUUCAAUUACUGGGAGCCCACACACUACCUCGUUCAUGGGUAUGGUCUCCAGACGUGGGAGUACUCGCCAGAGUACUCCAUUCGUAGCUGGCUCUAUGUCUCCCUUCAUGCUGGCGUAGGCAAGAUAUCUACUUUUAUUGCGAGAUCGAAAAGCGCGCAGUUUUAUUUCAUCAGAAUGGCGCUUGCAUUCAUAUGCACCGCUUGCGAGACAAGGAUAUACUCUGCCAUCUCACGAACACUCAAUCCGCGCAUCGGAGUCAUAUUUAUCAUGAUCAUGGUAUUUAGUCCUGGGAUGUUCCAUGCAUCCACUGCAAUGCUACCCUCGAGCUUUACGAUGUACACCUCGAUGCUUGGCAUGUGUGCGUUCAUGGACUCGCGCGGAGGCCUUAAAACAGGUCGCGGCAUAAUGUGGUUCGGUAUUGGAGCUAUACUUGGAUGGCCUUUUGCCGGCGCUAUGGUGGUACCCUUUUUGUUGGAAGAGAUUGCCGUUGGAUACUUUUCUAAAUCUCUAUACCGAACCUUGAUUCGAUUCACUGAGGGUACUAUGAGGUGUCUGAUAAUUUUGGCUCUCGAGAUGGCUAUUGAUAGCUUGUUUUACCGAAAAUUCGUCGUCGUUCCGUGGAAUAUCAUAUCAUAUAACAUGUUUGCUGGGAGCGGCAAGGGUCCCAGUAUUUUUGGAACCGAGCCUUGGACCUUUUAUUUUCGAAACUUACUGCUCAACUUCAACAUAUGGUUUAUAUUCGCGCUCUCCGCGGCUCCUCUCCUUGUUUUCCAAACGGUCUUCCGACCACGCAAUACGACAAAGCAAACACUAUUGCGAUCGAUAUCGUUUAUUCUCCCCCUUUACAUGUGGUUAAGUAUAUUUACCACCCAGCCUCAUAAGGAGGAGCGUUUCAUGUAUCCAGCAUAUCCUUUCUUAGCUUUAAACGCAGCGAUUGCGUUCCACAUAGUUCUCGCCUAUAUGGGUUCGAAUAAUCACAAAAAUUUGAUUGGUCGUAUUUCGCCCGGGAUAAAGCUCGUCAUCGCUCUCAUUCCCGUACUCCUCGCCACGAAUAUAAGUCUCCUAAGAAUUUUCGGAGUUGUUACUGCAUACAACGCACCCCUGCAGAUUUUCCAGCCGUUGGAAAAUCCAGAGAUAGCAGCCCGUGGAGAUUAUGUGUGUCUUGGAAAGGAGUGGUACCGCUUUCCAUCAUCAUUCUUCUUGCCUGAUGAUAAAAGAGCCAAGUUCAUCAAAAGUGAAUUUGAUGGGCUACUUCCUGGUGAAUUUGCUCCCGAAUCGGAGGCCCUAGAUCUACGCCCAGGGACGUGGAUAGUGCCCUCUGGGAUGAACGAUCAGAAUCUAGAAGACCUAGGAAAAUAUACGGAUAUCUCCCAGUGUAAUUUUCUGGUCGAUUCGUACUUUCCAGGCGAUGGUGGCUCUGCCCUAGAACCCCACUAUCUCCUCGACAGAUCUACAUGGGAAGAACUUUCAUGCAAGCGAUUCCUUGACACCAAAAGGACGAGUUUUCUGGGACGAAUAAUUUGGAUUCCGAACCUCCCCUUCAUCCCAGAAAAGCUCCAGCGCAAAUGGGGUCGAUACUGUCUUCUUGGACGACGAAAAGCUGAUAUCAGUCCCUAAGUGAUUUUCGCGACACACUCUACAUAACGUGAUAUGUCACUUGAAAGGAUGUUGCCUCCGGCCGUGAUACGGACACGGUGAUGAAUGCCAAGAAACUGCAUUUCUUUCCCGAAUCGGUCUUCGGUUAAAACGCAACGCUUUACCCCCGGAAGCAACCAGUGAUCGAGAGAUAUUAGGCACUGGUUAAGCUAUGUAUAGGAGCAGCGGUGGGAAGGGUGAGAGAAUACAGAUAAAAUGAAAAACUAAGGGGGGUGUGCUACGGGGAAAAAUGCUCGCUUUGAUAUCAGAUGAAAUAUAUAAUAUACGACCCCAACAAUCUCUCUGGCUUUUUUGAUCUCGGGAGAAACGAUAUCAAAUGCCUGACAAAAUAUCACCACGAUGUGUGAUCCAGCCAAAAACCUACAAAUUGGUUAACGUUCGUCCUGGAUAAAUAUCCACUGAACGACCUCCUCCCUGUACUUCUUCUCCUUUUCAUCUCCUCAUGGGCAAUUGCCUCCCUCUGUCAAAGAUUCACUGCCCGUCCGUCUUCCCGACCAGUGACACCAAAUCGAGAAAAUCCAGCCCUAAACACCAAAACAGCAGAUAGACGACCAGGAGGUACCUAUUUGAGACCACCUCUUCCCCAGAUCAAAUGUUUUAAGUUAUUAUGGCUGGACUUAGGUCAAUUGACGCUUCUGCUCGGCUGGAAGAAUGGCAGCCCACAGACUUCAAACGCCCUGACGCAGUCCCUUAUCCCAACUGGGACGUACACACCACAAAGCCUAUUCCAUAUAGACCUUGUAGAUACGGCCCGUAAGUCGUACUUUCGAUAAUAAUGAAAAGGAGUGGCUAAAGCAUGGAAAUCACACACAAAAAGCUACUCAUUCAUCGAAGGCAACUACUUUGUCACGAUGGGGCUGAGGUCGAUGAUAUGGGAUGAGUGGAUUGGUAUGCAUGAACUCACUUGGUUUUUAAUCUCAUAUACCGCAGCUUCGCACAGAACCAGGAUAUAAUAUAACGUAAAUGAAAUCGCUCCCUGACAAAAGGAAUACCAAAUAAUCUUCACACCAGAGCUGGAUAACCAAUAUCUCCGCUUCCAUGCCGACAAAGCGCGACGGAUCCUCGAACGCGGAGACAAAUGCUGCAUGACGGCCCCUGAAGCCGCUGACGGUGUGCUUGAGUUAUUGGACGAGCUGGUCUCCUAUCUCCCUCAACGCUACCCAACCCUCUUCAAACGCACAACCACAGGCAUCUCAAACCUCCUAACCGGCGAAACCUUCGACACAACCACCCUCCCUCUCCCUCAGGACCCCCUAGUAACCUGCUCCCGCCUAAUCCAAGACGACAUCGCGCUCAUGUACGAGAAGGCAGACGGACAAUACUACCUCCUCGCCGGCUUCUGACGUCUAAGCGACAAAUUCGGCCAGGCGCUCUCCGAAAUCCACACCUCAGGCUCCGUCCCGCAAUUCCAAACCAAGCUCGAAAGGGGCAUGGUGAACUUCUUCCGCCGCCUCAAGCCCUCCAACCCCGUCCUGCGCAACAACUAUUUUCUCCAGGUCGACGAGGACAUCGCGUGGUCGCGCAGCAUUGGCGAGGAGGACGAUGCGCACGUUAGCUGGGCCACGGCGGAGAAAGAUAAGGCGGUUGAGCACCAUUGGUUUCGGUCUGAGAGGCAGUCGCUGCGCAGGUAGCCCAGGUCCGGCGCUGUGGUGUUUACGAUCCGCACGUAUUUUAUGCCGGUGAUGGAGAUCGCGCAGGAGCCUGGGGUUCCGGGGAGGUUGGCGUCGGCGGUAAGGAGCUGGGGCGAUGAUGUGGCGAGGUAUAAAGGGCGGGAAAGGAGAGGGGAGGUGAGAUCUAGUUUCAUCACAUAGAACAUUAUUUCCAAGAGACUAGGCAUACAUACAUAUAUACUAUACAUCAAAAACGCGCGUGUAUAAUAAAUUAGUUAAAAAAUAAAGACUUCUUCAAUUGAUGCCACGCUCAUACCUCAUAUUCACGCCAUGCACACAACAAUAAACAGCAGAAAUAAUAGUACAGAUACAAAUACAGAUACAAAG